CCGCUAAUGAAGGUAUUUUAGUCAAUAAAUCUAGUUAUACUGGACCACUUUCUAUUACGGUUGCAAAUGGUUCCACUUUACCUGUUAUGACUAUUGGUGACUUGCAUCUGUCCACUCCGCCUCGACCUCUUCAUUUAAAAUCUGUCUAUCAUGUUCCACACCUUAAAUAUAAUUUAAUGUCCAUUCAAAAAUUAUGUGCCGAUAAUAAUUGUUUUGUGAUUUUUGAUAAAAACUCUGUUUGUGUUAAGGACAAAAUUUCGGGGAAGGUGCUUCUGCGAGCUUCCAGUAAUGGUGGUGUCUACCCCAUCUCACUUUCUUCUUACUCACCUGUUGCUCUCGCCUCACAUGUUGCUCCUGGACCAGUCUGGCAUCGUCGGUUGGGGCAUUGUGGCACUCGUAUCUUAGAUAGGCUUAGGAAGACUGGCAAUAUUCUUAGUAAUUCGCACUUUUCUCAUGAUUGUAUUUCUUGUCGCUUAGGAAAAUCACAACGAUUACCUUUUCAAGAAGUUUGGCAUAAAUCCACUUCUCCUUUAUAUUUGAUUCAUUCAGAUGUUUGGCAAUCUCCUGUUCUUUCUACAAGUGGUUUUAAAUACUAUGUUUUAUUUAUUGAUGACUUUUCCCGAUUUACAUGGCUCUAUCCUAUGAGUCGUAAAAGUGAAGUUGUGAGUCAUUUUAAGAAUUUUAAACUAAUGGUGGAAAAUCUAUUUAAUUCCAAGAUUAAAAUUUUUCAAAGUGAUGGAGGGGGUGAGUUUGAUAAUCAUGGUAUGCGUGAAAUUUUUCUCAGUAAUGGCAUUUUGUUUAGGAAAUCUUGCCCUGACACUCCUGAACAGAAUGGUAUAGCUGAACGUAAACAUAAACAUUUACUUGAAUUAACUCGCACUAUGCUACUUGAGGCAAAAAUGCCAGCUAAUUUUUGGGUUGAUGCCGUGUUUACCGCUACCUAUAUUAUUAAUCGUCUUCCCACUCCCAAUUUAAAUGGUCUUUCUCCGUUUGAAAAAUUAUUUCACCACUCACCUGACUUCUCUUUUAUGCGUGUAUUCGGUUGUGCCUGUUUUCCAAAUUUUAUUGCCACCUCUGCAAAUAAAUUAUCU